AUGGUUGAUGAGUCACGGGAUGAAUCCAAAAAAGAGCAACUGGCCAUAGUCGUAAGAUUUGUUGAUGUGAAAGGGGUGAUACGGGAAAGGUUCUUGGAUACAGUUCAUGUAGAAAAUACUGAUGCGGCGACUUUAAAGGCUAGUUUGUGGAAUAGAGUUUUGAAUCAAAAUUUUGAUACUGGAAAAAUUCGUGGUCAAGGUUAUGAUGGUGCUAGAAAUAUGAGUGGGGAAUGGAAUGGAUUACAGACACUCGUUCGGCAGCAUAGUCCUUACGCGUUACAACUUGCCUUAGUUUGUAUCUCAAAGGAAGUUGAUCCAAUACACGAGUUCUUUGAUAAAUUAGCUUAUGUAAUAUAUGUGGUUUGUGCUUCUAGUGAGCGUCACGAUGAGUUACAAAAGACGAAGGCAAUUGAGAUUAACGAAUUAAUGGAGUUGGGUGAAAUCAAAUCGGGAAAAGGAAAAAACCAGGUCAAGACAUUAAGAAGGGCCGGGGAUACACGCUGGGGUUCCCAUUAUAAUUCCAUUUCUAGUUUGAUUAACAUGUUUGGUGUCACUCGGGCUGUUCUCAAGGGAAUAAUGGACAACACUACUCAUAAUACCCGUCCUCAACGUGGAGAUUCUCAAGUGGCUUAUACUCAUUUGAAGUCAUUUGAGUUUGUGUUUGUUCUUCACAUGAUGAAAGAGGUGAUGCAAAAGACUGAUGCACUUUCUCAAGGAUUACAAAAGAAAUCCCAAGACAUCCUUAAUGCAAUGGAUUUACUUUCAGCCACAAAGGUUAGUCUAAAUGAUUUUAGAAACAAUGGUUAG